ACGUAAGUGCGCACGCAGCGAGCGGCGUGCUGACGUCCCCCCCGCCCCCAUUCCGUUCUAGACUAACUGAACUUGAUAAGCGUGAGGCAGUUGAUUUUGAAAGAAUGGCUCAGUUUGGAGGGCAGAAGAAUCCCCCGUGGACCACCCAGUUUUCUGCUGCUGUUACACAGCCAGGUGCCCUUGGUGUUCAGCCAUCGUUGCUAGGUGCCUCUCCAGCCAUGUACACCCAACAGCCAGCCCUGGCUGCAGCUGGCCUCACCACCCAAACACCUUCAGGCUAUCAGCUCACCCAGUCAGCAGCCUUACAACAGCAGGCAGCAGCUGUUGCAUUGCAGCAGCAAUAUCAGCAGCCCCAGCAGACCAUUUACAGUGUGCAGCAACAGCUGCAGCAGCCUCCACAAGCUUUGCUUCCUCAACCAGCAGUGGCUCUACCCACAAGCCUCAAUGCCCCACAGACAACAGCUCAAAUCACCGUCUCUUACCCAACACCCCGGGCUACGCAACAGCAGACCCAACCUCAGAAGCAACGGGUCUUCACUGGAGUUGUAACUAAGCUUCACGACACAUUCGGUUUUGUGGAUGAAGACGUCUUCUUUCAGCUAAGUGCUGUGAAAGGCAAGGCCCCCCAGGUAGGAGACAGAGUUCUGGUCGAAGCUGCUUACAACCCUAAUAUGCCCUUUAAAUGGAAUGCACAGCGAAUACAGACUCUGCCCAACCAGAGUCAGACUCAACCACUGAUCAAGACACCUCCAACUGUCAUGCAGCCUCUUACACAGCAGCCAUAUGGUGUUCCACCUCAGCCCCAGUCUCUCUUACAGGCAUCUAUGGCUGCUGCUCCUCUCACUCCUUUGCUGUCAGCACAACCUCAACCUUUGCUCCAGCAACCACAGCAGAAACCCGGGUUGCUGCAACCUCCUGUACGAGUCAUUCCACAGCCACAGGCUGUCCGGAGGAUUGAACCGCCAUCAAGAUUCAUGACCCGGAAUGAAAGACUUGAAAUAACAUUAACCAGGAAAGAUGAUCGAAGUCGUGAAAGAGAUCGAGAUAGGAGGCGUUCACGUGAACGGUCGCCACAACGUAAACGGUCCCGAGAGCGAUCACCACGGCGAGAAAGGGACAGGUCACCAAGAAGGCAGAGACGUGUGGUUCCUCGCUACACAGUUCAGUUCUCCAAGUUUUCUUUGGAUUGCACAUCUUGUGACAUGAUGGAGCUUCGCCGCCGAUAUCAGAACCUGUACAUCCCAAGUGAUUUCUUCGAUACGCAAUUCACGUGGGUUGAUGCAUUUCUACUAAAUAGACCUUUUCAACUUGGAAACCAGUGUAAUUUCCAUAUUGUUCACAAAGAGGUGGACCCCCUGGAGAAGAUGACAGCCAUUCUUGACCCACCAGAUGCAGACCAUCUGUACAGUGCAAAGGUUAUGCUGCUGGCAAGCCCUGGCAUGGAUGAACUCUUCCAUAAGUCAUGUGCACUUGCUGAAGACUCGCAGGAGAUACGGGAAGGAUACCAGCAUCCUGCACGGCUCAUAAAGUUCUUGGUUGGAAUGAAAGGCAAAGAUGAAGCCAUGGCCAUUGGUGGACACUGGUCUCCCUCUCUGGAUGGACCUAAUCCUGAAACUGACCCUUCAGUAUUGAUCAGGACUGCUAUCCGAUGUUGUAAGGCCCUGACGAGCAUUGAUUUGAGUGGUUGCACACAGUGGUACCGUUUUGCAGAGAUCCGUUAUCAUCGCCCCGAGGAGCACCACAAGGGGCGGACGGUUCCAGCCCAUGUGGAGACCGUGGUUAUAUUUCUGCCGGAUGUUUGGCAUUGCCUUCCCACCCGUUCAGAGUGGGAAGCGCUCUCCCGUGGAUACAAGCAGCAGCUGGUUGAGAAGCUCCAAGCUGAACACAAGGAGGCUGAUGGAGAACAGGAAGAGGAGGAGAAGGAUGAUGGGGAGAGCAAAGAAAUUUCUACACCUACGCACUGGUCGAAGCUAGAUCCAAAGACAAUGAAAGUUAACGAUCUUCGAAAAGAAUUGGAAAGUAGGAAUCAAAGCUCGAAGGGGUUGAAAUCCCAGUUGAUAGCCCGGCUAACAAAACAACUAAAAACUGAGGCAGAGAAAGAAGAGCAGAAGGAAUCUGAGAAAUCUGAAAGAGAAGAUGACGACGAGGACGAUAAAAGAUCUGAAGAUGACAAAGAGGAGGAGGAGAGGAAACGCCAGGAAGAAGUGGAACGUCAGCGACGUGAAAGACGCUACAUCCUACCUGAUGAACCUUCUAUCAUCGUUCAUCCUAACUGGACUGCCAAAGGGGGCAAGUUUGACUGUAGCGUCAUGUCUCUGAGUGUGCUCCUAGAUUAUCGAUUGGAAGAUAAUAAAGAGCAUUCUUUUGAAGUCUCCUUGUUUGCUGAACUCUUCAAUGAAAUGUUACAGAGAGACUUUGGUUAUCGAAUAUAUAAAGCGCUGGUCACUGUCCCCGAAAAAGAUGAUAAAAAAGAAAAAGACAAGAAAGAUCGCAAAGAGGAGAAAAAAGAGAGUGAGAAAAGGGAAAAGAAGGAAGAAAAAGAUGAAGAAAGUAUUGAACCGAAGACAAAAAGGAGGAAAUCAGGAGAUGAGAAAGAUAAAAAAGAAGAGAGGGAUGGACGGAAGAAAGAAGAUAAAGACAAAGAUGACAAAAACUUAAGAAAAAGGGACGACUUUAAAGAAGAUGAGGAAAUGGAAGAUGGCACAAACCCGGAUGAUUAUGAUCCUCUGGAUGCAGAAGAUGCUGAGGAUGAAGAUGAUGAAGACAGAGAUGAGGAAGAGAGCGACCGAGAUCGGAAGGAUGACAGAGUGGAAGGAACGAGGAGGUCCAGAGAAAACAUUUCUAAAGAGAAGGAAAAGAAACAGCUGUUCACGCACAACAAGGAUCUUCUUCUUGCUUUUGUAUAUUUUGAUCAAAGUUACUGUGGUUUUCUGCUUGAGAAAGAUCUUGAAGAAAUCAUCUACACUCUUGGACUCCAUCUUUCACGUGCACAGGUGAAGAAGUUAAUCAGCAAAGUUGUGCUGCGAGACUCUUGCCUGUACAGGAAACUAACUGAUGGCUCAAAAGAUGAAGUAAAAGUGACAGAGAGCGAAGUGGAAUCUGAUCAUUUGUUAGGAAACAAACUUUUGUUGCCUAGUUUAACAGUGAAACCGGAAUCCAGCAAUGGGUCAGAAAGCAGCAACUUGAUCGUUUAUAAUGGAGCAAUGGUGGAUGUGGGAAGUUUGCUGCAAAAAUUACAAAAGAGUGAAAAGACUCGAGCAGAAAUGGAGCUGAAAGUGCAGUCACUGGAGGGCAAGAUGGGUAAGAAAACUGGAGGGUGA